AUUUCAGUUUACCACUUAAUUUUCGGUCGGCAACAGCCACCGACGACAAAUCUGUUCUGUCCGGUGACCGGUCUUCGUGAGGUACGUGAGGACGCACCGAAACCUGUGCUUUUUCCCAUGUGGUAGCGUGUGCGUGCAUGUGUGUGUGUGUAUGGAAUAUAGUGAACAUUGAAUGAAUUUUAGAACACAGUGAUCACGCGACUGCGUCGUCGAAUAUUUGCAGGGCUCGUGCAACCGAGGCGAAGGAUACCGUGGACUUAGUGGAUUAACUAACAAAUCUACCCAGCAAACAGUGACUACCGGACAGUUGGUGUGAAAAAUGAUGCGUCAACUGUUACCCGUUCUCUGUCUGGUGGCUUUAUGUCACGCAGAAAUUCCGGUCUUCGAGAUCGGUUCGUUCCCCGCCGACACCGAUACAAAGGCAGCGCCCAGUCAAAAGCAGGACCAGUUUGGAGGAUACGUCGUGGAGAAGCCUACCGAACAGCUGCCGGAACCGUCCAACCAGUGUCAAGGUGGACCGGACGAGUGUGGUUACAACUAUGAACCGCCCAAGUGCCCAUGGGAAGAUGGCCAAGCACAAACGACUACCGAAACGACGACGGAGUUCCGUACGGAAACGCGCGUACAGACGGAGACGGCCACAGUAACUGAAACCAUUCCGACCACCAUCACGACCACACUGACCAGUGCAACUCCGUUCUGCGGAACUACCAAUACUUACCUCCCGCCGGAUACCACUACUACCUUGCCACCGGAGACUAAUACGGUUACGGUAACGCAGCCACCGGUAACAACAACCAAGACACUGCCACCGACAACGACCACGAUCACCUCGCGCGGACCUCCGUUCACGACGGAGCGUACUAUAACGCCGACUACUACGAUCGUGAUUAGUAAAACGCCUUUCGUAACGGCUACCCGUACUGUAACGCCUACCUCGACGAACAUUAUCACUGCCAGCAGCGUAUCGAUUACGCGCACGGUCACACCGACUUCGACGUACAUCUCGUACAUGCCCUCGACCACGAUCACCCGUACCGUAACGCCGACUUCCACCAAUGUGUUCUACGCGGACUCGGUCACCGUCAACCGUACGGUAACGCCGACGUCUACUAACGUGUUCUAUCUACCCUCGACCACGGUCAACCGUACCGUAACGCCUACCUCCACGAAUGUGUUCUACGCCAACUCGGUCACCGUGAACCGCACCGUAACGCCUACCUCGACCAAUGUGUUCUAUCUGCCAUCGACGACGGUCAACCGUACCGUAACGCCUACCUCGACCAAUGUGUUCUACGUUGCGUCGGUCACAGUGAACCGUACCGUAACGCCAACCUCUACCAGACUCUUCUAUCUCGACUCGGUCACUGUGGAUAGGACCGUCGUGCCGACCUCGACCGUGGUCAUUACGCUGGACACGACACGCACCCAGACGCGCACGGUAACACCGACGUACGUGGUGCAGCAAACGGCCGAUACCGCUACCGUUACUAGAACUCUUACGCCUUCGUUCGUCGUUACGGAAAGCGUACCAACGGUUACGCUCACCCGCACAUUCACUCCAUCCAGCGUGCUGACGACGACGGCCGCCACAACGAACGUGAUCACUCGCACCGUUACACCCCAGGCAACGAGCACGACCACCGUUACGGCCCCGGUUCGUACCAUCACGCAGACCGCUUCCACUACCGUCACCGUAACGCCUAAGCUCUCGGUAACGCCGACCAUCUACUCAACCGUUACACUGCCACCCGUCAUCAAGACCGUGUGCGAACCGGCCCGUACCUAUCUGCCCGAUCCGGGCGUAACGACCAUCACCCGCACCCAGACGGAAACGAAGACGGAAGUGUCGACCACGACCAUUAUCGCCUGCACACCGACCAACGCGUACCUGCCGGUAAAGGAAACCGUAGCCGCCAAUCAGCUGUCACCUGCCUUUGCCCGGGUGCCGAAUCUUCAACGUGAAGUACUGCCGCCCCAGGACGACGAACGCCAAAACAAGAUCUGGAACGCUUAACACUCCAGAAGCGGUGGAACGAGCGAACGCUUUCUUCCUUGUACUUUCGAAUAUAUAGAAACAGAAAGAGGAGCAGAGACGCUGAAGAUGAACAAAUACUCAUACCUUCGUUGCUAAGUGUGGAUUGGUGCCGGUUGCGGACGUCACACUCCGGGCCGACCCACCAUUUCCAGUGAUUAGUUGUGUAGUAAGGAACCCCUGUCGCUAGAACACGUAAAACAAGAACAAAAAAAACAAUGUACAUAAAUGCCCGUACCGGAGAGGAACGAAAUGUAGAUCGUUGGAGUUGUUGCAUCCCUUAUUUCUACUCCCCUUUUGAUCGCCCCGUUGAUCGUUGCUUCCCUCGAACAGCGGAAGUAACGUGCUAGCUGUGACACCCAGGAUCACUCACUGUACACUGACUGUGCGCUAGACCCCAUCGUUCAGCGAACAGCGAAAACCAAUAGCAGCAACCUGGUUGUGAUUCACUUUAGUUAUUGUGUGUUGUGUAAGUGUAAGUGUGUGCGUAUGUGUGUGUGCGUGUGGUGUUCAUAAUGAUUUCACAAAUAAAAGUCUUUGACAUUUCAAAGGUAAA